CCACUGUUGAUAAAGGUUGUCCUAUCUACAGUGCAUUCAUCAACGUAUGCGUCACUGUAAAAUUAAAUAAAAUGGCUUCCUAUACUGUUGUGUUUCUCUCUCUGUGUAUGUCAACAUGGACCAGCGGCGGUGCCAAGACACCAGAGACAUUUACCAUGGAGAGCAACUGUGACCAAACACUUUCCUUCUCCGAUAGCAUGAUUCUGAGGGGGAAUCUGUCGUCGUCGUGCAAUAUGGACGUGGAGACUGAUGAAGACGCGCUAGGCAUCCUCAUUGACAUCACAUCCUUCAGCCUCCCCUUGGAAUGCAACACCACGCUGGAGAUCGUAGAUCCGCUCGGGCCUCGAAUAUCCGGAACAUUGUGCGGCUCCAGAUUGGCCACCAAGGUGUUCAACACCUCUGUGCCAGCCAUAGCUCUGCAGUAUGACACGGACACAAUAGACUCCGAUGCUACCUUCACUAUCAUACUGACAUCGCUCAAACGAGGGCCUAUUGGAAGCUGCUUCAACGACGCCUUCCAGUGCAGCAACAACUUCUGCAUAGCCAAGACGUUAGCCUGCAAUGGUGUGGACGAAUGCGCUGAUAAUUCAGACGAAACUCGCGUCUGCGACAGUUCAGCCCGCCUCUCGUCUGUGCCAGUGUUGACAACGGUUGUAGCAUUAUUUGCCGUCAUAUCGGGUUCAGCCGGACAAAGAUGAUUUCCUGACCUGAAUUUUCGAUACACUGUUGUUAUAUGUGUUGUACUCAAUACAGAGGUGUGUUCCUUCUCUGUACAGCC